ACUAGUGACAACCCAGCCACGUUCUUUUAUAGUUCAAUGAAAAAUGGUCAGCUUCCUCGGUAGCUUGCUAGCCGAAAUAUUAACGCGCUUUAAUGAAUAUUAGCCACUGUGUUUUGAACACAGUUCUGUCGUUUAGCUAGUUAUAUAAUUUCAUUGCAUAUUUACGUUGUUAUUGUUAUUAGUUAGCUAACGUAGCUGGCUGGUUAAGUUAGCAUUAGCCUAGCUAGCUAACUGUUAGCUAACAUCCCCGACCAUGAGUUCACCAAGCUACUCGCCUCCUGUUGAAGAAGAGGCGGUCUGCUGGACGGAGAAAGAGGGUCUGUGGCUGAACGUUGUCGUGAAAGAAGAGAAGGAAGAAGAGGAUGUCACAGUAACAAAAGUAGAGGAUGAGGCUGUUACAGUGAAAGAGGAAGAGGAGGAUACCGUUUUUGGAGUGAAGGAGACGGGAGAGAUAACUGUCACAUUGGAAGAGGAAGAGACAGGAGAACGGAUUAACACCCGAGAGAGACGGGACAAUCGUGGCGCCUCUGGGGAGCCUCAACAAUCUCAUGAUGCUGACAAGGCAGAGAAGAAGAGUCUCUCCAGAUCAAAACACCUCAAGAAACACCAGCGGAGACCCAAAACGAAAACUCACUGCUGCUCUGAUUGUGGGAAGAGUUACUUAAGAUCAGAUUCAUUGAAAUUACACCUGAGAAGUCACACUGGAGAGAAACCUUUCUGCUGCUCUGACUGUGGGAAGAAAUUCACAUCCUCGGCAGACCUUAAAAGACAUCAGAGAAUCCACACAGGAGAGAAACCUUUUAGCUGCUCUGACUGUGGAAAGAGUUUUGUUUCGUCAGGACAUUUAAAAUCUCACCAGAGAACACACAAAGUAGAGAAACCCUAUAGCUGUACUCAAUGUGGGAAGAGUUUUACUCACUCAAGCAGCUUGAUAGUACACCAGAGAACACACACAGGAGAGAAACCUUAUAACUGUGAUCAAUGUGGGAAGAGUUUUCUUUCAUCUGGUCGUCUGACAAUACACCAGAGAACACACACAGGAGAGAAACCUUACAGCUGUGAUCAGUGUGGGAAGAGUUUUACUACAUCUAGCCAGCUGACUUUGCACCAGAGAACACACACAGGACAGAAUCCUUAUAGCUGUACUCAAUGUGGGAAGAGUUUUACUCAGUCAAACAGCCUGGUAUCACAUCAGAGAACACACACAGGAGAGAAACCUCAUAGCUGUGAUCAAUGUGACAAGAGAUACUCUGAUAAAAGAUCUCUGAUUAAACAUCAGAAAAUACAUACAUGAAGGAGUUGUUUAAUGAUAUCAAUGAAAUAAUGUCACAAUGUAGAAUGUUUUAACAUUGUAGUAGGAGUAUUUUAAUGAUGUCACAAUGUAGAAUGUUUUAACAUUGUAGUAGGAGUAUUUUAAUGAUGUCACAAUGUAGAAUGUUUUAACAUUGUAGUAGGAGUAUUUUAAUGAUGUCACAAUGUAGAAUGUUUUAACAUUGUAGUAGGAGUGUUUUAAUGAUGUCACAAUGUAGAACCCUAAAUGUUUGUCCCCUGUUCUAUUGAUUUCAACAUGAUAUGGAUAUUAGCCUCAGGGGGAAAAUCCAGGCUCUGAAUUGGAAGAGUACUAUUUAUGAGAUUUAACAAAAAGUGACGAACACAAAAAGAGCUGUGUUACACUUACCAUGUUGGUGACCCACUUGAAUCAAAAUGCAACACUUCAAAAUGUAGCGAUCUAUUUUCUACAAAUUGUCCUCUAAUCAGGGAUGUACACAUUACUCCCAGAUUCCGUGUGGUUUUUGAGCUGUUAGUUUUAACAGGACAUGCAACCUCAUCUCCCUCCUCUCGGCACAAUUGAUUUCAAAAUGAUAUUAACAUGAUAUUGAUGAGUAAUGACAAAUAAGUGUUGUGUUCCUUUGUUUAGCGACCCCUACAUUUAAAUGCAUCACUCCAAAAUGUAGCUGACUGUCUUCUGCAGGUUGUCCUCUAACCAGUGAGUUAAAAUAUAUCUCCCAUUUCCAUGUUUUUCUUUUGUUGUUAGUUUCAACAGCACGUACAACCUGAUUUCCCCCCUAAUCGAUAUCAGUGAUUUAUUGCUACUUGUCAAAACAGCAGUGUUUCUGGUGCCUGGUGCAGUUUAUAAAGGAGAUUGUUUAAAUAAAUACAAGUAAUGUGAUUAUUGUGGCAGUUUGUGUAAAUAGCACAUUUUAUGAUUAUUGUGGCACGUUUGUUUAAAUUUUAUGUUUUGGUUUUCAAACUGUUAAUACAUAUUGGUUUGGACAAAAUGUCAUUAAAAAGAUGAAGUCCAAUAUAAAGUGAAAAGUUGAGAUGUCUUUUCGGGUCAUAUAAGAAAACAACUUAAUUUCAACAUACAUACAUAUACAAAAAUACAUGUAAUAUGAUAAUUGUUGCAGAUGUUUGUGUAUAUACAUAACAUGAAAGCAGUAUAAUAAAUUGGUCUAUAAUCAA